ACGUCGUGUCGCUGGGUUCGAGCGUAUCUUUGCGCGUCGUUUUGUGAACCCCGUAGUCCGCGGUCACGUUGACGUCUGUCGCCAUUUCCUCGCGCGGAGGACCGCCGUCCGUUUUAUUUCGCAAGAUGUAGUCUUCUUCCUUGACGAGCGCGUUCUUGGGAGAGUGAGUUUAAUUGAAGCGUAAUUAACAAAGUUCGCUACAGACUGUUACCAGUUCGUUAAACUAUGGCAGAAGGGAAUGGGGAGAUAAAAAUGGAAGAAAAACAGUCAAAGGAGGAAAUGGAAUAUGUGGAACGGACAGAAGACUUUAACAAACUCAUGCAAUAUGGACUGGAUGAAAAAGUGGCUGCCAAACUGGAUGAGAUCUACAAGACAGGGAAAUUGGCUCACGUCGACCUGGACGAGAGGGCUCUCGACGCUCUGAAGGAAUUCCCAGUUGACGGUGCGCUAAAUGUACUCACGCAAUUUCUAGAAUCCAACCUGGAACAUGUAUCCAACAAAUCCGCCUAUCUUUGCGGAGUGAUGAAGACAUACCGACAGAAGAGUCGUGCCGGCCAGGGUACGGGCACCAGCACGACACCGAAAGCCCCGGAUGAGGACAAAAUCAAGAUGAUCUUGGAGAGAACAGGAUAUCCUUUGGAUGUAACUACUGGACAAAGAAAAUACGGUGGUCCUCCGCCAAAUUGGGAGGGUCCUACGCCUGGAACUGGUUGUGAGGUAUUUUGUGGCAAAAUCCCAAAAGACAUGUACGAAGACGAAUUAAUUCCAUUAUUUGAGAAAUGCGGAAAAAUUUGGGACUUGAGACUGAUGAUGGACCCCAUGUCAGGUUCCAACAGAGGAUACGCAUUUAUCACAUUUACUAACAGGGAUGCUGCGCAGCAAGCUGUCCGAGAGCUCGAUAAUCACGAAAUAAAACCCGGCAAGAGUCUGAAAGUAAACAUUAGCGUUCCUAAUCUACGACUUUUCGUGGGGAACAUACCAAAGUCAAAAGGCAAAGAGGAGAUCUUGGACGAAUUUGGUAAAUUAACAGCUGGCCUGACCGAGGUGAUUAUCUACAGCUCACCGGAUGACAAAAAGAAGAAUAGAGGUUUUUGCUUUUUGGAGUAUGAAUCUCACAAAGCAGCUUCCUUAGCCAAACGAAGAUUGAGUACUGGACGUAUCAAGGUUUGGGGAUGUGAUAUUAUUGUUGACUGGGCCGACCCUCAAGAGGAACCAGAUGAACAAACCAUGUCAAAAGUACGCGUGCUUUAUGUGCGGAAUUUGACACAAGAUUGUUCCGAAGAAAAAUUGAAGGAAAGCUUCGAACAAUAUGGAAAGAUCGAACGAGUGAAGAAAAUCAAGGAUUACGCUUUUAUACAUUUUGAAGAUAGAGAUAAUGCUGUUAGGGCGAUGAAUGAACUAAAUGGAAAGGAAAUGGGUGGAUCCCAUAUAGAAGUUUCAUUAGCAAAACCACCGUCUGACAAGAAGAAAAAAGAAGAGAUGCUACGCGCUAGAGAAAGACGAAUGAUGCAAAUGUUGCAAGGUAGAGGCGGUGGAUCUCCAUCUCACCCGAGCAUGAUGGGAGGACCAAUGCCAGUUCGUGGACCCGCACAAGGACCUCGAGGUACUGGCGCAGGUAUGCGUGGACAGAUGGGACGUGGCGAUUACGAUUAUGAUUACGACUAUUACGGUUAUGGGGAUUAUCGAGGUGGCUACAGUGAUCCCUAUUACGAUGACUAUUAUCGAUACGAAGAUUACUAUUUCGAUUAUGCGCCGCCUCCGCCGCCUGCCAGAGGGAGGGGCAGGCAGCCUCAACCGGCUGGUCGUGGCCGUGGAGUAGUGCCACGUGGCCGAAUCGGUGGCCCGCAAGCCCGUGGGCCAGUCAGGGGGGGACGCAACCCCGCAACUUCAGGGCCCCGUGGGGUCCAGCGGCUGGCCGCUCGUGGGGGGGUCCGCGCCAAGGGAAGUUUACCAGGUGAGGAUGCAGGUAAACGAAAAUUUGACGGGGGUCACCAGAACCAGGGGGAAUCUAAGCGUCGCUUCCAGAGCAAUUGGGGGAACCAGCCCCUCGCCCAACAACCGCUGGGCAAUGCGUACGGAUUGGCGAGUGUGAAUGGUGGCAGUGGUGGUGGUGGCGGUGACAUAGGAUUCGGAGGCAGAGCCGCCGCACUAGGCGGUGUUUCCGGCGACGAUCACGAAUGGUAUCAAGACUCCUACCAAUCGUGGAGCUAACUUCUGCAAGCCUGUGAGUGAUAAAAAAAAAAGAAAUGCACACGCACGAACAAAUGCAUGAUAGACAAAGCGGAAAACGAAUAAGCGCGAACAUAAGGAGAAUCUACAAGGAAAAAAACGGGAAACAACAUAAAAAAUCAGACUGACGGAACGCGGAGGAGGAAAGGGAGAGAGAGAGAGAGAGAGAGAGAGAGAGAGAGGGAGAGGAAAGAUGGCAGGAGAGUGAGAGGAAAGGAGAGGAGGAGGAGGAGGAGGAGGGAGAAUCGAGACGAGAGGGAAAAGAAAGAAGAGGGUCAUCCAUUUGUAUUAUUGCUCUAAUAUCGAUCCGAAAUAAUUGUAAAUGUUUUUUCACACUAAAUACGCAGCAACUGUGCUCUGCGCCACCACCAUCGCCCGCUGUUGUUGUGAUUAUGUACAGUGAUGUGCCACUGAGACUAAUUAUUACAUCGGAGUGACCACCCACCCACCCCGCGUACUAUUAUUAUAUUAUGAUAAUACUAAUCUAAGUACCACUACUGCAUUGUCACAUUGUUUACUGCCAAGUGAUGAAGAUCAGCGAUGUUGACAUAGGGAUUGUGAUGGCUUGUAUUAAUUAAGAGAACUCAUGGAAGCCUGCGGUUUAUUGUGCGAUGAUUAGAUUUUUUGAAUCUACGUGACGAAGCGUGUGUGUUAGAUAGGCUGAGAGGCAAAGUAGUAUGUGGGGAGAGAAAAAGAUCGUAACGGAGAUAGAUAGAUAGAAUGAAAUAGGAAAGAUAUUGAAGAGAUGAGAAAAUCAACUUGGAGUACGUGUGUGAUGUAGCUAUACGCGUAGGCAAACAGAUGGCAAGGGCGAGAAUGCGAAUAUAGCGAGCAUGCGAGAGGGAUGAGCGUUUAAAGAGAUCAUAGAGGCAGAGAAAGAAUGAGAGAGAAAGGGAGAGAGAGAAAGAGGUUGUCCUUAAGCGGAAUGUGUCUGUGUGUGUAUGUGUGCGUGGAGCGCUCCAAGCGCCGCUAGACCUUCUAUUGUUGGUCUAUAAACGUGUACAGUCAGUGAAACUAUUAUUAUUAAGGGUCAGGCAAGUUUUGCGAAAGUAAAAAAAGUGAAACGUUGCAAGCAAGCCAAGGGCUCUGCGGGUGUCUCCCAGACUAGUUCGGUUACGGUCAUUGAUAUCGAGGGAACUAUUGGAUAAGAAAAGAUGAAAAAAGAUGGAAAAAAAUGAGUAUUGCUCACGAUCGUGAAGAAACCCACUUGUACAGUAAAUUUUUCAAUAACAGUAUCCAAGUAGCGCGGCAAACUCGGAUCUAAAUCGUAUUAUAUUUAUUUGUUGACGUGUUUCUUUUUUUUAUAUUUGACAAAUUAAUUAAACGGUUAGAGAAAGAGAGAUAGGAAGAGAGAGAAACAGAGAAAGAGAUGAAGAGAAAGAAAGAGAGAACGAGGAAAGAGUAUUGUUUUUUCUAAAUUUUAUGUAAAAAGUAAAUUUGUUUCUCGUAUUCUUUUACAAAUACACGAAUGAGGAGAGAGAGAGAGGGAGAAAAGUUUUUAAAGAUGACUGACUACGAAUUUGAUAAUGAUAGUCACGGAUUGAAGUAGGAUGUAAAAUGUACGCAAAUGUUUACAAAUGCAUGAACACAUACAGCACACAUUUUGAGUGUUGACUUGUUGUUAUUGUUAGCCUGUUAGUUAAUUAGUAAGAGUUGUAAGUGCGGGCUGUAGUUGGUCCCUGUCCCUGGAGCCCAGACACCCCCCUGUUCUGGAGAUUAUUUGAAAAAAAAAAGGGAUGAAAAAAAGAAAAAACAUACGCAAACAUUUGUAUUUUACACGCACCCCCGGAAUACGAAGACAAACGACGUAAUGACGAUGAGAAAAAAAACGAAAAAAAAAGAAAGAAAGAAAGAAAUGGAUUAUUGUAAACGGAAUGGCUGCAUAUCAAACUCCUGUUUAUUGUACACCAAACGAGACGACAACCGCAUAACAAUUGUAUAUCGGCCCCGGAUCGGAUUUGAUACAGUAUGUAGGAUCGACGGAUAUAUGUGUAUUUUACGGUAUCGCGUGUGAUUCUACGAUGAACGAUUAUCAGACCAGCCGGAGAUACAAAAGAUCAUACAUACAUCCCAUCGUAAUAUGGAACUACCGUAUGAUUUUUAUAUACAGACACACUCACACAACAAAACGUACAUACGAAUGAAAAUAACAAAACGAUAGACGCACCACGGACAAAAUGUCUGGAUGACGAUCGAUUGUUCGCCCCCAACAACCUCGUAUUUAUGAGCAUUUUGUUAAUUUUUAUUCAUGUUUUACUUAAGUCUAAUUCUUCUUCGUCAUCGAUACUGUUUUUACUGGUAGCGAUGGUGUAGCCGCAACUAGUAGUAA